AUGGCAAGCUCAUCAAAUCAAGUUCAAUUCCGUGAAUGCUAUCAGAACUGGAUGAUUCAACAACAAGAACUUCUCGAAGAGCUCAUACAAGUGUACAACCAAAACUCCAAUGACGAACAAGAACUUUGCUGUGUCAUCCACAAACUCGUCGAACACUAUGAAAAUUAUACUGAUAGAAGAGCCCAACUUGCAAUAGACGAUGCUCCAUGCCUUUUCUCACCAACGUGGUGUACUUCCAUCGAGAAUUCGUAUUUUUGGCUCGGGGGUUGCAGACCCUCGUUAAUGAUUCGACUCGUUUACUCGCUCUGUGGUUCACAACUUGAGUCACAACUCACUGAGUUUUUACAAGGAGUGAGAAAAGGUAACAUAGGUGAGUUAUCAGCAAGUCAACUUAGUCUUGUCAGUGAGUUGCAGUGUAGAACAGUAGGAGAAGAAGAGAAGCUUUCAAAGAAAAUGGCUAGUUUACAAGAGAAUAUAGCCGAUUAUCCACUCACUAGGCUUGCUAACAACUCAUCAGACGUUUCAGAUACUGAGUCCCAUAUUGAGCAAGUGGAUCAUGCUUUGGAUUCACACUCUAAAGAGCUGGCUAGUAUUUUAGUUGACUCAGAUAAGUUGAGGAUGAAUACUUUAAGAGAAGUUAUAGGCAUCUUGACACCAUUCCAAGCUGUGGAUUUUCUGAUUGCUGGGAAGAAACUUCAUCUUUGUAUGCAUCAAUGGGGCCAAAGGAGGGAUCAUCGCCAUGGAAGGACAUAA